AUGAAUACCAAAGAAAUUAAAAGUCAAAAACCAAUAGUGAAGUCAGGCAAAUCCUGGUAAUAAUUAUGAAAAAACAGACUCAAAGAUUGAAUUUCCAGUGAAUCUUGGCCUUUGAUUAUGAGUCGGCAAGCUAGUGACGCUGACAGUCCACAAGGAAAAAGCCCAGAUAGAGCCAGCCAGCCGAACCGAAGGCCUUACAUCCAUUCAUUCAUGGCAGUAAUUUUUUGAAAUUGGAAGUAGGAGCGAAGCGGGAAACAUGUGACCUUUACUGCACCAUAUCUGACACAAAACUAAACCAAACCAAAUAUUAAAUUUUAGCAGAGUCUUUCUUCUACUUUAACACUACGUAAUCUUGCCCAUGUAUUCUUUAAUGUAGUUUCACUCUUCGUUACUCUCCAUUACUUCCACAGGCACAGCUCUUUUACUAACCAAACUCCCAUCGUGUUCUCAUUUUUCAUUUUAUCUCAAAAUGUGGCAACUUCUAUUGGCCGCAGCAGCAGCCGCAGGAUCCACAAGCCUUGUGGCUAGACAUCUGUUCAGCCCCAAUGCCAAAAGUUGCAAAAAAGACAAUCAAAAUGAAAAACAUACGAACCCUUUUGAUGAUGAUGUGAAAUAUCAGUCGCCUGUGGUGGCAAGGGGUACAAAUGUAUGUGGGUAUGAGAGUAAUUGCGAGAAAGAAGAGGGGAUCUUUAGGUUUUCGAGCUCGGAGUCUGGGGGCAAAAGCGGGUUUAGAAGUGAGUCGAAAUCUAAGGAGAAAGGGGGAAGGGGGGCUAAGAAGAUGGAGAAAGAGAAAAGAUCUGGUGGUGUUAAAGCAAGAAGAAGGAGAGUCGCUGUUUGUUUGAAGAAGAUGAGGACUGCGAAGAAUGGAUCUUGUUCUACUAAAGAUAGCUCUUUGUUUCAUUGGGGACUUGGUGUUGGGAUCAUGUACAUGAUGUCAGCUAGGAAAUCUGAGAUAACUGAGCUGAACAUAGCAGUGGAUGAGACUGCCAAAGUUGUCCAGGAAUUAAAAUCUGAACUAAUUAGAAGAAAGUCAUCACGCAGUCUGCAAGGUUUGAGUUCUCAAAAUGAUUUAGCUGCAAUCUCAGAGAAAAUUAGGAGCAAACACACUGAGAAAGGUUUUGUUAAAUCAGAAACUGAGAGCAGAGAUGCUAAUAAUAUUAAGGUGUUUGGUUGUCCUUCAGUUGAAGAUGGUGAAUGUGGAAAUAGUAUCCUCACUGAUGAAAGAGAUCCAGAGUUGCAGGAAAUGGAUCAACUGGAAGCAGAACUCCAGUCUGAACUUCAGAAAUUACCUUGGUGGACCAGAGAAGCGUCUUACCAUGAAGACAUGAAAUUGAACAAGCCGGAGGGGCAGAGUUCUGAUUGUUUCCAAACUCAUGGAGUAUCACCAUCUGAGCUGAAUCAGAAACUGUCCCAUUUGCUCAUUGAACAGCAGGGAAACCAAAUCGUGGACCUGGAAUCUGAAUUGCACUUGGCUCAAACCAAACUUUAUGAGAAGGAAGCUGAGCUGCAAGCACUAAAAGACUGUGUCAAACGCCUGACUGAAUUCUCUUUAUCAACUGUCCCAGCCUCCCAUAUAGAUGAUGAAACUGAGACACAAGAGGAGCAGGUGUGUAGAAAUGAAUGGGACUGCAAUAGUGAAGCAGAAUUUGAACCAAGGCAACAGGUGGUUGGAAUGAAAAGACAUAUUGACACUGAAUCUUGGAGCUAUUAUGUAGAAUGACAUUAUAUAUGGAGGGUAAGGAUGUAAUUAUGUAGAAUGACAUUAUUUAUGGAUGGUAAGGAUGUAAUUAUGUAGAAUGACAUUAUAUCUCCAGGGUAUGAAUGUAAUUUAGUAGUCAAUGAUAGAAUGCCUCCAGAGAAAUGCCAUGGAUGCCCACAUCAGUAAAAUAUUAUAAGCUCCCUUGAUUAAAUGCACAUUACAGUCUACUUAUUAAAGUAAUUAGGUAUUUGGUUUCUAAUUUA